AUGGAUAUAUCUCAACCACCUAAAGACUCUGCGGAUAUCGAGUCCGAAAAUAAUGCUUCGUCUCCCUCUUCCAACCCUUUCGACAAUACCGCUGUCGAGGUCAUUCGACUUAUCGCAUCCAACCUCCCAGGUGAGCCAGAGGCAGUCGGCGCUCUGGCUCUCUGUAAUCAAGUCCUGGAGUCCAUCUUGGACGACAUGAUUCCGCCAGAAGCGAUCGCGUAUGCGGCAAUCCGUAGCUUGGACCGGAACCUGGUCUCAAUGACAAUUAGGAAGAGGGGAGCGGACACCAUGGUCCUGGCUCUCACCAGAACCGACAUUUACGACAUUUACGUCCUCAAUGUCGUCGUAAAAAACAAUCGCGAAGACCUAUUCGGUUUAAUCGAACCGUUUAUUACAGCGGAGCACCCAUCAACGCACGUCGCCGCCUGUAGUGCAAGCGGAUACGGAUAUUAUCCGCUUCUUCACAGGCUCAUGCCUUACCUUGCUGAAGACACCAUUUUGGAGAUUUUCGAAAUGAUGUGCAACGGUGGCAUCGUCUCCGAAGUGGUGGCUCUCCUCGCCCUCACACCAACCCAGCUUCGCCCAAAACUGUGCACUCUAAAUAUGGAAUCGGCAGUCACCAGCGGUAGAGUCGAACUCCUCCGCGUCCUGAUCGAAGGGGGUACGGACCUCAAUACGAUCAUGAUCAGCGAGUCAAUCGACUGGGAGGAGCGUACCUGCCUCCACUGGCUCGGCAUCUACUGGCUUCGGACCAAUCAGCUUAAUAAUGCCUUCUCCCCUAUGAUCAAGAUGUUCUGCCAGGCCGGCGGUGCAGAUCUGAAUGCACUCGACUGCCAAGGUCGUAAUGUCCUCCACGAAUUUGCCUUAAACGGUUCGAAACUAGUCACCCCUUCUCAACCUUUCGAGGAUGACUUCACCAACGAAAGACCCGACUGGCUUUACGAGUGCGCGUUGCGCGAGAUUAUCGAGGCAGGCGCCAAUGUCAACCAGCAGGACGAAUUUGGCAAAACACCUCUCCACUACGCAGUCCAGAAUCGUGAGGCGGUCAUGGUUAGGAUCCUCUAUGAGUAUGGUGUCAACACGCUCAUCGAGGAUAGCGAGGGCAUCCGGGCCAGUAAGACAAAUGGCCUUGCAUGCAUGGCUCCGCACACCUUGGAAUUCAAGGUCCUCAUGAUGGAAGUGGAACAGGAGAAAUGGGUUGAUGGCGAGGAGAUGGAGGCUCUGCUAUUUAAACUUGAUUCUUCUGGUACUUCUGGUUGGCUGAGAUUCCUUCAGUUAUCCUGCCAGACCCGUUAA